CCGCCCCCUUCCCCCAAUUGUAAGUAUAUCACAAUUCAAAUUUGAAUUAAGCCAGUAAUCAUAUUAGGUGAAGAGAUAAAAAUUUGUUUAUUAAUAUUUGGACCAAUCGCAGCACAAGACGCGGAAAUAGCUGGUAGAUACCAGUCGGACACUGAAAUAGCCACUGCCAUAUUCUCCACUGUGGCCGCAGUCCACAAAGUGUGGUGUACGGACGGCUACGCGAAAUCCGUUUUGUCUAUCUGUGGGCGCGCUGCGCUGAAUUACCGGAGCCAUUUUGGAAUUGUUCGAAUGGGAAUGUCUGAACGAAAUGUCGCGUUGAGCAUAACGGAAAACAACUUCUGUCCCACGUAUUAUUAUUAGUUUUGUAUUAUUAUUGAAAUUCGUUGUUUCUUCAAUUUAUGAUAAUGGCGAUUAGUCAAAGCGCCGAGAAAUCUACGACAAAUUUGAGGUGAGCAAAUGUAUUGAUAAUUAUUAUUUUAAUGCAAAUAGGAAAGGUAAAUAUAGACUAUUUUAAACAAUUAUACUUAUAAAAAUAGGUAAGUGUAUUCGUUACUACCUUACAUUGUGUAAUAAUUUCGUAUAUAAAUAAGACCGGUUGGUGCCUUAUUAUUUUGAACAACGACGUUCUUUUAAACGUUCAAUGCACGAUGGAAAUAAUGUUUUAUUCAAUUUCUACUGUGUUAUAUCACUGGCCCUUGACGCUAUCCGCCAAUCAAUUCUCCCCGCCUGGUACUGUUCAAAAACAACACUCGUACAUUGGAAAUACCUAAUCCGUAUUGUUAACAUAGAAUACAAUAAUAAUAAUAAUAAUAAUAUUUGAAAAGGACGGACAUACUUUGCACGUAGGUGCAGCCAAUUUCGCAGGUGGCGAAUUUAACGUACAUCUGUAAGCAACGAUAAACCAUUGCUAACAAAAAACGAUUCCGAGCGGAGUUCAUUUGAUAGUGUUAUCAAUAAUAUAUUAUGUAUUCGUAAAAUUAUUACAACAAUGCGCGUUUCCAUGACAACAACGAUUGUCAAAAGAAAUUUGAAAUAAUAAACACGGUUGCCAAUGACAACCUUAUUUUUAAUCUUUCAAUCUUUUUUAACCUAAAUAAUCAGGCUUUUGUCAUUAUCUCGAAUAUUUAUAAUAUUUAUGAGAAUAUCAAAAAAUGACCUCUCCAAAGUACCACACAGAGAACAUUUCCUUUCAGAAAAGAUGCUAUACUUGGAAAUCGGAGUAUGCUUUCUGGUAGAAAAAGUCUUCACAUAAAAUAAUAUAAACAUCAUUGUAAAACCAAUACAUUCCUCGCUUCACUCAGAAUCUAAAAUUCUAUGAAUAGACAGACUAUCACUUUAAAUAGAUUUUGGUGUUAAAAUGUUUGAUUUCCUUCGAUCGUUUGACGAAAUAUUUCACCCUUUUAAGUUAGGUAGGGGAGAGUAGUGAAUCACUAAUAAAACACAUCCCGCCACACAAAUGGUACCCCACUAAUCUCAUCAUAUCUAAACUUAAAAGUGGAAUAUCUACUUAAUGGGUUAACGGAAAUCAAAAACUGUUGACACCAACAUUUAUUUAAAGUAAUAAAUUAUUUUUAUUACUUAAUUUUUAAUUAUAAUAAUUAGUUUAUUUUUAUCAUUAAUUAGUUUGUUAAUACUAAUAACUUCUUUAUUAAAUUAUCGAUAAAUUGAUUGUAUUGUACACAUUUUNCCCACUAAUCUCAUCAUAUCUAAACUUAAAAGUGGAAUAUCUACUUAAUGGGUUAACGGAAAUCAAAAACUGUUGACACCAACAUUUAUUUAAAGUAAUAAAUUAUUUUUAUUACUUAAUUUUUAAUUAUAAUAAUUAGUUUAUUUUUAUCAUUAAUUAGUUUGUUAAUACUAAUAACUUCUUUAUUAAAUUAUCGAUAAAUUGAUUGUAUUGUACACAUUUUAAAAAAACAUUAUUAUUUUAAGAUGUAUUAAUAAUUUAUAUUAUUUGCAUACAUUAUUUACAUACUUCAGUCUUCAAUUCAUAUAAACUUUAAUAUUUAAAUGUUACAAAUAUUUUAAAGAAUGUAGUGUAUUGUUUCUUAUUCGCAAUGCAAAUAAUUAGAUAUACAAGCCUUUUUAACUUUGGUUUAAUUACCUCUUUAUUUUGCCAUUGUUAAAACCAUAAGUUUUCAUUUUACACCUUUAAAUUCUUGAUAAUUUUUAUUCUGUCAGAAUAUUGUCAAUACCCUGUUUACAAUUUGUUAGAACAAGUAUAACCAUUGAAUUAUUUUUUUAAAAAAAAGUAAUUUUGUUUGAGUUUACCAUCUGUUAUUAUUAUACCCAUCUCUACCCACCAUAUCGAACAAAUAUGAUUUUUGUUAUAUUUCUGAUAUUCAUAUUAUACAAUAUAAAUAUAUAUAUAUAUAUUUAUAUAUAUAUUGAGUAGGUAUCUACAAAUUGUUAUAUAAUAUUUUUUAAAACUCAUAUAAAAUGUUUUAUUGUAUGAACCUCUAAUGAGUUAUUAUGGUAAAAACUAAUUUUUAUGAUUUUAAAACUUUCCAGAUGUAUGAGUACCUCAGAGGAAGAAAAGAUAAAAAAACCAAUUACUCAAACAAUUAAAAUAAAAGAAGAAUUUGAUGUAAUAAAUGAUUAUGAAUUUCAUAGUGUUAUUACAAUAGAAAAUGAUCCUAUGGAAUCGAUUUUAUAUAAAAAACCAAAACUUAAAAGAAAAAAAUAUACGUGCUACAAUUGUAGGAACUCAUUUUUUUCAAAAUCAAAGUUAAAAUGCCAUAUGAUAAUACACACUGAAAGAAAAGUUGACAAUGAAAACUGCCCUCUACAGUGAGUAUCUUUAAUAUCUCAUUUCAUAGUAUCUAUUUAAAUAACAUAAAAACAAUUUAAUUUUAAAUGUUGUUUGUUAGUCCAUAUUGCACAUUUUAUAUAUCUACUACUAGCUGUCCUGCCCGGUCUUGCCUGUGCCAAUUUUUAUUUUUAUUUUUUACCCAUAUUCCUUUUUGGUUUUGACCGUGUCAGUAAUGAAUAAAAACAAAUAGGAGGAUAGUGGGUAGUCCACCUUCGGCAGACUAAAAGUAUUCUGUUUUGACAUAUAUUUUUAAAUUUUAAAUUACUAUUUGCCUUAAGCAUUAAAUAUUUUUGGUUACAUUAAGUAAAUGUCUCACCUUCUGGGGUCGGCACGAACACAUUUUUUUUGAUUUAGGAUUAACUCAGAAAACAAAAUAAAACAACCAAAUACCCAAACAAUUGAAAUGAAAAAUAAUUUGAUUUAAUAAAUGGUUGUGAGUUUAACAGUGAUCUUAACAAAUGAUCCUAUAGAAUUAAUUUUAUACAAAAAACCAAUAUUUAGAAAAAAAAUAUACAUGCUACAAUUUUGAUAGCUCAUUUUGUUUAAAAUCGAAAUUAAAAUGAUAAUGCACACUGGAAGAAAAGUUUACAAUGAAACCUGCCCUUAUCAGGGCAUGGGUAUCUUUAAAUUAUUUUUCAAUAACUUCUAUUUGAAUAAAAUAAAACCAAUUUAAUCUUAUAUAUUUUCUUUACGUAUUGAAUAUGUUUUAUAUUAUAUAACUGAUAAUCAAAAUUAAACAUUUUUUUUUUUUUUUUUUUAAACAUAUUUUAUACUAUUUUCAAAAGAAGUUGGAGUUUCACCUAACUAUCUUAAUAAAAGAUAUGAUUUCUUUUACUAGGCUGUCCCAUAAAUAAGGUACACAAAUAUACUGAAAAAUGAAUUUAUUACUUUCAAAUGUUUACACGUUUAAUAGGUCAUUAUUUUCUAUUUUUUCACAUUGUCACCAUUUAAAUUGAUGUAUUUUUUCCAAUGAUAGAUUAAUUUGAAAGUGCUAUCUUAGAGGAACACAGCACAUUUUCCAUCAAAGUACUCGGUAACAUGCGUUCAUAAACUCAACUUGUGCAGAUCUUACAAAAAUUUAAUUUCUCAUGGACAAUGUGAUGUAUACAUUGUUUCAAAAGAGAACAUACCGCUUUCGCGACAAGUUUUCAUUCAACAGUGUGCAUCUCCACCAGGUAGCACCAGUCAAGCUUCCAAAAGAAACUUGUCACGAAAGCGAUGUUCUCUUUUGAAAUAGGGUAUACAUACAUUAGUUAAUUUGAAAGAUCAAGUUGUAUGGCCAUUUUCUGAAUUUUCAUUUAUUUUAAUUAAUACUCUAACCGUUUAUUGAAUUUUUAAUAUAGAUUACCAUUUAAAAAUCAAAAGUAAGUAAUGGUUUUAUUCCCAAACAUAAGGUUGACCAAAAAUGACAUAAAGAAGUUAAUACUUUUCGUGAUGUGUGAUUGCGUUUCUAACAACCAGUUUUAGAGAUCAAGUUAUGAACCCUGGUGAUAAUACAUAGAAUACAUAGUUUAUGUUAGAAAUUUCCUGCCUAUGUGUUAUAUUUGUCAUGCUAAAAAUAACUUUGUACUUUAUUUAUUUGGCAGUCUAUGUAUAUUUGUGAUCUUAAUAAUUUAUUAUAAAUAACAAUUUUAAAACUUUUCAGAUUUACUGGUACCUCUGAAGAAGAAAAUAAACAACCAAAUAUACCAGCAAUUGAAAUAAAAGAGAAAACUGAUUUAAUAAAUAGUUGUGAUUUUUCGCAAUCGUUUCAUGCAAAUCAGCAUAAGCUAAUUACCCGAGAAAAACUAUUUAGAUGUGAUAUUUGUGAAUCAUCAUUUAAUAAAUUGUCCAUUUUAAAGCGACAUAAGUUAAUUCAUACUGGAGAGAAAUCUUUUAAAUGUAAUUUUUGUAAAAAAUCCUUUCGAUAUGAAUCAAUAUUAAUGGUACACACAAGAAGUCACACUGGAGAGAAACCUUUUAAAUGUGAUACUUGUGGCAUGUCAUUUACUCAGUCGUCCAAUUUCAAACGGCAUAAAUUAAUUCAUACUGGAGAGAAACCUUUUAAAUGUAAUGUAUGCAAAGAAUCAUUUAAACAAAAAUCAAAAUUGAUAGUGCACAUAAGAACUCAUACUGAAGAGAAACCAUAUGCCUGUAAUGUUUGUGGAAUAUCAUUUACACAAAGAGUUAGCUUAAAGAAGCACAAUUUAAUACAUACUGGAGAGAAACCUUUUAAAUGUAAUGUAUGCGAAAAACCCUUUCAACAUAAAUCAUCAUUAAUGGUACACACAAGAAGUCACACUGGAGAGAAACCUUUUAAAUGUGAUACUUGUGCCAUGUCAUUUACUCAAUUGUCCAAUUUAAAACGGCAUAAAUUAAUUCAUACUGGAGAGAAACCUUUUAAAUGUAAUGUAUGUAAAGAAUCAUUUAGACAUAAAUCAACAUUGACAUUACACACAAUAACUCAUACUAGAGAGAAACAAUAUGCCUGUGAUGUUUGUGGAAUAUCAUUUAUUGAAUUGGCCAGCUUAAAGAAGCACAAUUUAAUACAUAAUGGUCAGAAACUUUUUAAAUGUAAUGUAUGUGAAAAAUCAUUUAAAAUGAAAUCAACAUUGACAUUACACAUAAGAACUCAUACUGGAGAGAAACCAUAUGUCUGUAAUGUUUGUGGAACAUCAUUUACUCAAAUGACCAGCUUAAAUAUGCACAAUUUAAUUCAUACUGGAGAGAAACUUUUUAAAUGUAAUGUAUGUGAAAAAUCAUUUAGACAUAAAUUAACAUUGACAUUACACAUACGAACUCAUACUGGAGAGAAACCCUAUGCCUGUGAUGUUUGUGGAAUAUCAUUUAUUCAAUUGGUCAGCUUAAAAAAGCACAAUUUAAUUCAUACUGGAGAGAAACCUUUUAAAUGUAAUUUAUGCGAAAAACCCUUUCAACAUAAAUCAUCAUUAGUGGUACACACAAGAGUUCAUACUGGAGAGAAACCAUUUACCUGUGAUGUUUGUGGAAUAUCAUUUACUCAAACAGUUAGCUUAAAUAUGCACAAUUUAAUACAUACUGGAGAGAAACCUUUUAAAUGUAAUUUAUGUAAAAAUUCAUUUAGACAUAAGUCAACAUUGGCAUUACACAUAAAAACUCAUACUGGAGAGAAAUCUUUUAAAUGUAAUGUAUGUAAAGAAUCAUUUAGACAUAAAUCAACAUUAACAUUACACACAAGAACUCAUACUGGACAGAAACCUUUCAGAUGUGAUACUUGUGACAUAUCAUUUACUCAAUUACCCAAUUUAAAGCGACAUAAGUUAAUUCAUACUGGAGAGAAACCUUUUAAAUGUAAUGUAUGUAAAGAAUCAUUUAGACAUAAAUCAACAUUGAUAGUACACACAAGAACUCAUACUGGAGAGAAACCAUUUGCCUGUGAUGUUUGUGGAAUAUCAUUUACUCAAAUGUUCAGCUUAAAAAAGCACAAUUUAAUUCAUACUGGAGAGAAACCUUUUAAAUAUGAUAUAUGUAAAAAAUCUUUGAAAAAAAGAACUUAGUUUGCUGUACAUAUAAUAAAAAUAAUAUACAUUAAAGCAAAAUUAAAUUACUAUUUUAAAUGGUCCUAGGUACAGUGGAAAAAGGAAUGCAGUCUUUGAGAAGCAGUUCCUUCUUGAUUUGUUUUUAAAGAUUAGUGGUUCUUGUUUAUUACCAAUUUGUAAAAAUAUUAGAAAAUAAUAUAGUAUAUUAGGAGUAUUUAGGGGUAGGUAUUGGGUAAAUUAUAGUUUGAUUCUGGUUUAUUUCAC